AUGGUGUGGCAGCGGCCGCUCUCUCCUGUCUUCCCUAACAGCCUUGGAAGGUAUGCGGCCGCUCAAGGGGCGAAUAACGAACGCUCCGACGACGGUACUUUCGUUGAAGAACGUUUUGUGUAUCGCUUCGAUAGGCAAAACGGGUCGGGGACACCUGAUCCAGCUGGGGCGCGGAUCCGAGACGGACCAAUAACAAUACCGCGUGACCAGCGCUUAGCCGCCCACGCCUCUCCCGAGUCCGAAACCACGCCCCACCCGAGUCCGAAACCACGCCCCUCCCGAGUCCGAAGCCACGCCCCUCCCGAGUCCGAAACCACGCCCUUCCCGAGUCCGAAACCACGCCCUUCCCGAGUCCGAAGCCACGCCCCUCCCGAGUCCGAAACCACGCCCUUCCCGAGUCCGAAGCCACACCCCUCCCGAGUCCGAAACCACGCCCUUCCCGAGACCGAAACCACGACCCUCCCGAGUCCGAAGCCACGCCCCUCCCGAGUCCGAAACCACGCACUUCCCGAGUCCGAAACCACGCCCCUCCCGAGUCCGAAACCACGCCCCUCCCGAGUCCGAAGCCACGACCCUCCCGAGUCCGAAGCCACGACCCUCCCGAGUCCGAAACCACGCCCCUCUCGAGUCCAAAGCCACGCCCCUCCCGAGUCCGAAACCAUGCCUUUAUCGAGUCCGAAGCCACGCCCCUCCCGAGUUCGAAGCCACGCCCCUCCCGAGUCCGAAGCCACGCCCCUCCCGAGUCCGAAACCAUGCCUCUCUCGAGUCCGAAGCCACGCCCCUCCCGAGUCCGAAGCCACACCUCUCACCAGUCCGAAGCCACGCCCCUCCCGAGUCCGAAACCACGCCCUUCCCGAGUCCGAAACCACAAUCCUCCCGAGUCCGAAACCACGCCCUUCCCGAGUCCGAAGCCACGACCCUCUCGAGCCCAAAGCCACGCCCCUCCCGAGUCCGAAACCAUGCCUCUCUCGAGUCCGAAGCCACACCCCUCCCGAGUUCGAAGCCACGCCCCUCCCGAGUUCGAAGCCACGCCCCUCCCGAGUCCGCCUCUAG